UAAACAUGGCGGCUUCGAACCUCUGCUUACGAGUGCAGCUGAUGCGCGAAAAUAAUGAGAGACUUUUCGAUUCGUCCGACUCUUCCUCAUCGUCCCUGACCGCAAUGGGUGCAGCGGCGCCUCUCUUCUGACGAAACAGUUUGUACAAUUCAAUGCAACUAUGUGCCGAGGAAGCAAGCUACUCUGUCUGGCAGCGACACGUAAAUCUGUCGUGUGGGGUUGUCGCCGCAGCUUGGCAGAUGGCUAUUUUAAGCGUUCGCUAACGUAGCCGCCCGCGUCAAGAUGUUCUCUCGACUUGCCACCGCAUUUUCUAAUGCGGUGGACGCGUUAGCUCCGCCGCUGCCAUUGCACGAGGAGUUCCUGUGGCAUUGGACAGCGAUAAUGAAGUUCUACACCGACCGCAACUCGAACAGCAAGAAACCCAUCGAGCUCACAGGUUUGGCCGGACGCCUCGAAGAAAUGUCCAAGAUCUUAGAACAGGAGGAAGCCGAGCUGGGAAGCGACAACAUGGGGCCAUGUAUGGAAUACUUCUUGCAGCACAAAAUGCUCGAACAGAUGAGCGCCCUGUCGAGAGCGGACACUCCCCCCGGGAUCAAAAAGUGCGUUCUUGUGUUCACUACGCGGCUACUGUCCAACAGCAAACAAGUGUUGCUGCCACAGAUGGGGAUAUACACUGCCGUCCAAAAGCUCAUCGGCCUUUGUGGCGAAGUUCUGGCGGCGCCGACAGAACGGGAAGAGGCUGGCUUUCUUAACGUCAUCUGCCAAAAAAUCCGAGCCGACCCGAGCAUCCUUACCUGCUUCUUACCAAGAGUGCUGGAAGAGAGGCAUUGCACGUCCAUUGUAAAUGGAAAGCAACCAGAUGGAGGCUGUGGAGACACUUCUGCAGUGUCGUUUCCGUUACUUCGAGCCUGCCUUACCCUUAUGGAGAGUGCGGACUCCGACGUUUCUACGCUCGCAGCAGAGUGCCUUAUAUUGUGCAUGUCUAACCUAGGCGAUGAUGUCGCACGCUAUGUAAUCGCCAAGUCUAACAUGUGUUCAAGCGUGGUUCAUCACCUAGUCAAGCUCUACUGUGCCAUACCUCGCACACUGAAAGCUGCCGACAUUGACGAAGCAGUGACUUCUUGGUGCGCCGACACUGUUGCUUCCUGUGGUUCAACAGACCACCAAGUUAUCGCCCCUGGAAAGCGGAAACUUCUCUGCUUCUUUAAGUGGCUAGGCUUCACGGACACCUUGGUUGAACUGUCAAAUGCCCUCAUAGGUGCUGAGCUAGGCAAGACAUUCUUGGACGAAUUCCUGCAGGGUCCUCUCCUUGACGACUUCACUAAAGCAGAGUCUGAAGAGAGCUUCCUUUUCAUUACUUCACUAGUCACCACUUGCUUACGCAAUCUUAAUUCAAAAGACUUAGUUGUCAUUGUGGGAAGCUUCUUGUUAGGUGAUCAGAAAGGUUCCCGUGCUUCACCAAAGGACAUGCUGUUAGAGCGUGGCCGCGAUCCUAACGCUUCUCCACAGCUUGUGCUCGCCACCCUUCAGGCCUUUGAAGAGCUGUUGCAAAGGCCUUCAAAAGAAAUCCUAGAUAUCUUGCUGCUUAGCCACCUUGUUGGCCGCAACUACCAAAAUGACUUUGCUGCUGAAGUUUUUGAUUUCAGUGACGACGAUGAAGAGGGAUUGUGCAAUCGAGCGGGCAAGGCAAACAUGAGUGACUUCGAAAUUUCGCCCGGUUCAUCACCAGUUAGCCGCACGUUUGCACCUGCACAGAUUCAUCGCAUUCUCAACUGCUUUCUAAUGCUCUUACCCGAUGAAAUAAAGUCGUGCGAGGAGACUGACUCUGGCUACGAUGCAUACAUUUCCGACGCACACCGGCAGUAUCAGGACAUGCUCGCAGUCACCGAUGGUUGGGAGUGGCCUAGUGAGCCCGUGAGAGAGGAACAACCAAGUGCCGAAGACGACCAGAGUUCAGAUUCGCAGCCUGAGGCUGACAGCCUCCACCGCAGCUUCUACGAAGGCCCUUUCUUGUCCAUGCUGCUGGACCGUAUCGAAAACAUGCACAGACAGCCGUAUGAUGUGAACCUGCUGGUAACCUCUCUCAUUUCCCGGCUUGCACUGUUUGCCCACCCGAACCUUCACGAGUACCUUUUGAACCCGCUGCUGCCUUUGGUCCCUGGAGCAAGGUCAUUGUUCAGUGCCCUCCUGAAAGUUGUGGAAGAGAUUCAAGUGGCAGUUCACGGCAUGGAAAACCUCAAGCGCAAACUCAUGCUGACACGCAAUGCACUUCUCAAUGACAGUGGAGACGACUGCACACUAGGCGAAGAGUCUGGUGUCUUGGAAGCCAUCAUUGUCCUUGAGGAGUUCUGCAAAGAGCUUGCAGCUGUGGCAUUUGUCAAGUACCAUGCAGCUGCUUAGGUGGCUAGACUGCAGCUUUUGCUCAGUGUAAAACAGAAAAAAGAAUUCCAUGUGAAAAGACUAAGUGCACGAACUUCGAGAAGGCCUACAUGGUGGUGAUUGAGACAUGGCUCAAUCUUUGAUGUAUUGCUUCAGCACAGUGCUCUCCUUUAUUUGAACUGGUGUUUCACCAGCCAAAGAAAGCUGUAGUGUAAACAUAUACCAUUGAUUAGCUUGACUGUGUUCAUGACAACUUUAUUGCUGUUGUAAUGUUUUAAAUUCAUCACAACUGCAGCAUAGCAAGCAUUAUUUUCCAAUGACUGCAGACACUGAUGUUAAUUUUAGCUUUUUUAAAAGCAUUUUUGCAACAAGAAGAGACAGGCCCUUCAGUGGCACCAGAAGCACCUACAUACACAACAUAGUGAUGUAUUUCUUUACCAGAAAUCACAUUUUAUAUGCUUUUAAUUUUAUUGCUUUGGGAUAUUGUUCCAUGGUACAUAUACUGCGCUGUCCUUCGCACAAAAUGUGAUGCAGUGCCGCGCCUGUGCAUGACGUUUGCAAGUGUACCUUAUCCAGGAAAGUGCACAGGGUCUUCAGUGGCAUUGCAGGAUUUGUACAUGUAUGACAGAACUGUUGCUGAAUGAGUCUACUACUGUAGACUGUAAGAAAAAUUACAUUUGUUAGCUCUGGCGAUCUCUGAUGUGAGGUCUUAGUGAUGCUGGAGAGAGGAGGAGGAGGAAUAAACAGUUAUUUUUGAAAUGGUAUCCCAGGGUAAGCCCCAGCUCUACUCUAGGUGGGAAGUCUCCUCAUUCCAGGAACCCUCUGGCCUGAAUAAAAAUUUUAUUUGGAGGACAAGCAAGUGAAAAUGACUGAUGCACAUUGUGCUGAACAUUUUUAAGCAAUGUAACUGGGCAAACCACUGAUGCUGUAAAAUAAAGCAAAUCAGCCUGUUGAAUGUUGUAUUUUAGAACUGGUACUGCAAGUUGGAUGAUUUUGUGCAAUAUGAAAGAAAUUGUUGCUGAUUGUAGUUUUCUUUAUUUGCUUUAUAUUGCUGCCGAUUGCAACUUCUGAAGUUCCUUUUACUCUGAGUGGUAGCAUAGUUGGCAGCAUCAGAACAAACAGUGCCCUUGUAGGGCGGCACGGGAACCAUGAGUGACGAUUACGAGUGCUGAGAGUACAAGCACACUGUGACAGGCGGUACACCACAUGUUCUAUGCAAAAGCAAGAUGAGAAGUCUGCAACCUAAACUACAGUUAUCUAUACCGUUGAUUUUCGUAAAAGCUGCAGCCAACAUGAAAAUAUCUUUGUUAAAUCCAAUAUUUGUUAUAAGCAUAUAUGUCUGACACACUGUCAGUGAGAGAUUUUAUAUUUAAUUUGUUGUACCUAAUAAUUAGUUAUACCUAUGUUUGACUGUAGUAGCAGUGCCGAAACUGUUUGGAACGUUUAGUAUUUUAUUUAGAAAGACUUCACAGGCCUACGAAGAGGCAUAGUGUGAGGGGGGCAUAUGGUACAGCUUAUCACAAAAUGCAAUAGGUAAAAAGAUAUCGAUGCAUAAACAUAAAAAGAUAAACAUUGGCAUAAAACGAUGAAAUUUACAUAUGUACAGAAAGAUGUCAAAAACAAAGGAAAAAAAUGGAAAAUCAAUCCAAAGGAUUGACUUACAUUGCCAAUAAGCAAGAAUAUGAAGCUUCAAUGCGUCGUCCGCCUGCUAAACCAAUAUGUGAAAUCAAAAAUCCAACUGAAAAAGAUGUGCAGAUUGGAAGCGUUUUUGUUUGUUGCACACUGG